CAUGUGCUCAGCUCGUGACGUAAGACGUUAGACGUUCAGCGGAAGUAAAGAUGGCGCUGGACGGCUCGUCCACGUCUGUGAUGGCUCAUAAUAACCCAUAUCACAGUCAUAUUUCUGAUUACUACAACAGAAAACUGAGCAACAAACCCGAUGUAGUGCCGUCUGGAGUCACCGAGAGGAAAGUGUCGCCUUCGGAUAAGCCUGACAUGGUGGUGCUGGACGUGAUCAGCAUCAAAGACUCGGAUGCUCCAGUGCACAGAAAGAAGCAUGAGACUGACACAUAUGUGCUGGGCACGAUUCAUCCCUUCCGCAAAACGCACCGCUCCGUCCUGGGGAAGUUUAGUCAGGAGUUCAGUCUGGUGACGUCUGACAGACGGUCCUGGAGGAUCCUCCUGUUUGGCGUGUUGAAUCUGGUGUGCACGGCCUGUCUGCUGAUGUGGUGCAGUUCCACCAACAGUAUGGCCUUAACCGCAUACACAUACCUCACCAUCUUCGAUCUCUUCAGUCUGAUCACCUGUUUGCUGAGUUUCUGGGUGACCAUGAAGAAGCCCAGUCAAGUGUACUCAUUUGGCUUCGAGCGUUUUGAAGUGCUGGCGGUGUUUGCCUCCACAGUGCUGGUUCAGCUGGGCGCGCUCUUCAUCCUGAAGGAAAGUGUGGAGCGUUUUGUGGAGCAGCCAGAGGUUCACACGGGGCGUCUGCUGGUGGGAACGUUCGUGGCUCUGUUUUUCAAUCUGUUGACUCUACUGUCUGUCAAGAACAAGCCCUUCGUCUUUGUGUCUCAAGCUGCGAGCACCAGCUGGCUUCAGGAGCACGUGGCCGAUCUGAGCCGAAGUCUGUGUGGACUCAUCCCGGCGCUGAGCAGCGUUCUCCUGCCCAGAAUGAACCCGUUUGUGCUGAUCAACCUCGCCGGAGCCUUCGCUUUGGGCAUCACCUACAUGCUCAUCGAAAUCAGUAACUAUCACGCGAUGGACACCGCGUCUGCCGUCGCCAUCGCCCUCAUGACCUUCGGCACCAUGUACCCCAUGAGCGUGUACAGCGGGAAGGUGCUGCUGCAGACCACCCCAUCUCAUGUCAUCGGUCAGCUGGAUAAACUGCUUAGAGAGGUGUCCACGCUGGAUGGAGUUCUGGAAGUCAGGAAUGAACACUUCUGGACCAUUGGCUUUGGCUCUUUGGCUGGCUCCAUCCACGUCCGCAUCCGCAGGGAUGCUGAUGAGCAAAUGGUUUUGGCCCAUGUGACCAACCGAUUGAACGUGCUAGUCUCCACGCUGACCGUUCAGAUCUUUAAGGACGACUGGGUCCGUCCGUCCCUGACCUCUGGCGUUCUUCCCGCCGGAUCGCUCAGUCUCUCGGAGUACGUUUCUUCGGCUGCAUUUCCUCCUGUGAUGUCCAAACCUCACGACGAGAUGAACCCGGUCACAUCCACGCCUGCAAAGCCCAGCAGCCCUCCACCCGAGUUCUCCUUCAACACGCCGGGCAAACACAUCCAGCCGGUGGUGUUCCAGACGACCCAUCAGCACAGGCCCUUCAACGCGCCGCUCUCCUACGGGACGUCGCCCUACUCCAGCGUUCUGAACCAGGGCUUCCAGGGACCCGGGAUGAGGCUGGGCUUCGGGGUCGGGACACGGAUGCCGCCUGUUCAGGGAUACAGGACUCUAAAUACAGCGCCGCACAGAUACGGUGGCUCUCUGCCCGCGACACAAACUGACCAAAAGAGACCGUGAGCUGAUCACAUAAUCGACCCAUCACGACCCUGAGUAUUUAUUUUAAUGGGACCAAGAGUUUUAUCCUCAUUGGAUGUUUUAUCUGUAUUCAUUAUUUGUAUUAAACUGCUAUCAGACAUCUGUGAAGUCA